AUGAAGUCUUUCAUCUUGUUCCUUUGCCUUGCUCAGCUCUGGGGCUGCUAUGCAGCCCCAUCUUUUAUAGCACUGGCCUAUAGUGAACCACCUUGUGAUGAUCCAGAAAUAGAGCAAGUAGCUGCAUUUGCCGUGGACUACCUCAAUAAAAACCUUCUUCAGGGAUACAAGAAUGCCUUGAACCAGAUUGACAAAGUGAAGGUGUGGCCUCGGCGGCCCUUCGGAGAAGUAUAUGAGAUUGAAAUUGACACUCUGGAAACUACCUGCCACGUUCUGGACCCCACGCCCUUGGCAAACUGUCCCGUGAGGCAGGUGGCCGAGCAUGCAGUGGAAGGAGACUGUGACUUCCAUGUGCUGAAACAGGAUGGCCAGUUCUCUGUGAUGUCCGCAAAAUGUCAUUCCACUCCAGACUCAGCCGAGGAUGUGCGCAAGGUGUGUCCAAACUGCCCUCUGCUGGCUCAACGCAAUGACACCAGAGUGGUGCACGCUGCUGAAGCCGCCCUGGCUGCUUUCAACGCGAAGACCAACGGAUCCUAUUUCAAGCUGGUGGAAAUUUCCCGGGCUCAACUUGUGCCUCUCCCAGUUUCGACCUUUGUGGAGUUUGCUGUGGCUGCCACUGACUGCGUUGCUAAAGAAGUCACUGAUCCAGCCAGUUGCAAGUUGUUGGCAGAAAAGCAAUAUGGCUUCUGCAAGGCAUCGCUCCAUGAGAGACUUGGUGGAGAAGAAGUUUCAGUGACCUGCACCGUGUUCCAAAAACAGUCUCAGCCAGAUGGUGCCAACACAGCAAACCUUCCCUCUGCAGAUCAAAGUCCACCUGCACCGACUCCCGCUGGGCCACCUGUAGCUUCGCUGGUGGUGGGACCGAUGGUGAUGGAAGUUCCUCAAGGGCCUGCAGUGGGCGGGACCCACCAUGACCUGCGCCAUACCUUCUCAGGUGUAGUUUCGGUGGAGUCAGCCUCAGGAGAAGCUUUCAAUUCAGAGAAAGCCCCUCAGGUGACCCAACUUGGUGCUGCAGGCCCAGUGGUUCGCCAUUGCCCAGGGAGGGUCAGAUACUUCAAGAUCUAG